AUGCCAGCCAGCUCCAGCCUGCAAGCCUUGGACCGCAUUCAGGCAGGGCGGUGCUGGCGCUGGCACCCAGCUUCUCCGGACGAUCCCGGCGUAACGGGUCCACAGAGCUUUUGGGUUAUUCAGCUUCUGAAAGCUGGGAAAGCAAAGGAAGUUUCUUACAAUGCACUGGCUUCACAUAUUAUUUCAGAAGAUGGGGACAAUCCAGAAGUUGGAGAAUCUCGUGAAGUUUUUGAUCUCCCUGUGGUAAAGCCUUCCUGGGUGAUCUUGUCUGUUCGCUGUGGAGCUCUUCUGCCUGUAAAUGGCUUUUCUCCAGAAUCGUGUCAGAUCUUUUUUGGAGUUACUGCCUGUCUCUCUCAGGUUUCAUCUGAAGACCGAAGUACACUGUGGGCUUUGAUUACUUUUUAUGGAGGGAAUUGCCAGCUGAGCCUCAAUAAGAAGUGUACUCAUUUGAUUGUGCCUGAGCCAAAGGGGGAAAAAUAUGAAUGUGCUUGUAAACGGGACAGCAUUAAAAUUGUGACACCAGACUGGGUACUGGAUUCUGUAGCUGAUAAGACUAAAAAAGAAGAGAUUCCUUAUCAUCCUCGUUUAAUUAUAUACGAGGAGGAAGAGGAGGAGGAGGAGGAAGAGGAGGAGGAGGAAGCAGAAAAUGAAGAACAAGAUUCUCAAAAUGAAGCUAGCACUGAUGAAAAAUUAUCAAGCCCAGCAUCUUCUCGAGGAGGAUCACCUUUGGGUGAUCAAGUUUUUUCACCAAAAUCUACUACUGCUGACAAGGCAAAAGGGGAACUGAUGUUUGAUGAUUCUUCAGAUUCCUCUCCAGAAAAACAAGAAAGGAAUUUGAAUUGGACACCAGCUGAAGUCCCACAGGCAUCUGCAGCAAAGCGUAGGUUGCCUCAAGGGAAAGACUCUGGGUUAAUUAAUUUAUGUGCCAAUGUCCCACCAGUGCCAGGUAAUAUUUUGCCUCCGGAUAUGAGAGGCAAUCUAAUGGCUUCAGUACAAGGUGCCCAAAGUUCUGAUCGACAAGAAAUGAUGGCUACGUGGAGUCCAGCCGUGCGGACAUUAAGGAAUAUUACUAAUAGUGCUGAUAUUCAGCAGAUUAAUAGACCAUCAAAUGUAGCACAUAUAUUACAAUCACUUUCAGCACCUACAAAAAGUUUAGAACAACAAGUAAAUCAUAGCCAACAGGGACAUCCAAAUGCGGUGCUGUUUAGUCAAGUGAAACUAACACCAGAGACACAUUUAUUACAGCAGUCACAUCAAGCACAGCAACAACAGCACCAUCCUCUUUUACACCUUCAACCUCAACAACUUAUGCAGCUACAACAGCAGCAGCAGCAACCCCAGAUUGCCCAACAGUCUUUCCAACAGCAGCAGCCUCAUCAGUUUUCACAACAGCAGCAGCAAGUUCAUCAGCAGCACCAGUUCGCACAACAGCAGCUUCAGUUUCCACAGCAGCAGUUACACGCCCAACAACAGCUACACCGCCCUCAGCAACAGCUCCAAUUCCAACAGCAGCAUGCUUUGCAACAGCAACUUCAUCAGCUUCAGCAGCAGCAAAUACAGCAGCAGCAAUUGCAGCAGCAGCACUUACAGCGAUUACACCAACAACAUCAGCAACAGCAAAUGCAGAAUCAGGCAACGCAACACUUAACUCAGACAUCUCAAGCACUACAGCAUCAAGUUGCAGCCCAGCAGCCGCAACACCACCAGCAGCAACAGCAACCACUGCAACAGCAGCCGCUUUUUGGCCAUGAUCCAGCAGCGGAGAUUCCAGAAGAGUAUUUUCUGCUGGGCUGUGUCUUUGCAAUUGCUGAUUACCCAGAACAGAUGUCUGACAAACAGCUCUUAGCGACCUGGAAACGGAUCAUUCAAGCACACGGUGGGACAGUGGACCCUACCCUUACAAGCAGGUGUACACAUCUUCUUUGUGAAAGCCAAGUCAGUAAUAUGUAUGCUCAGGCUUUAAGAGAAAGGAAGAGAUGUAUUACAGCACAUUGGCUGAACUCAAUCUUGAAGAAGAAGAAAAUGGUACCACCUCAUCGAGCCCUUCAUUUUCCAGUGGCAUUUCCACCAGGAGGAAAGCCAUGCUCUCAACAUAUAAUCUCUGUGACGGGAUUUGUUGAUAGUGACAGAGAUGACCUCAAACUAAUGGCCUACCUAGCAGGUGCCAAAUACACAGGCUAUCUGUGUCGCAGCAAUACAGUUCUCAUCUGUAAAGAGCCCAGUGGUUUGAAGUAUGAGAAAGCUAAGGAGUGGAGAAUACCCUGUGUGAACGCGCAGUGGCUCUGUGACAUCCUGCUAGGAAAUUUUGAAGCUUUACGGCAGAUACAGCACAGUCGCUAUACAGUAUUUAGUCUUCAAGAUCCACUUUCUCCUAGUCAACAUCUAGUUCUAAACCUUCUGGAUGCUUGGAGGGUCCCAUUAAAGGUAUCACCAGAACUUGUAAUGGGUGUGAGGUUGCCUUUGAAACCAAAGCAAAAUGAAUCCAGUCUUCAGCCAUCUUCCAAAAGAGCAAGGAUUGAAGACCUACCACCACCUACUAAAAAGCUCACCCCAGAAUUGACGCCGAUGGUGCUCUUCACAGGAUUUGAACCUAUGCAAGUUCAGCAGUACAUUAAGAAACUGUAUAUCCUUGGAGGUGAAGUAGCAGAAUCUGCCCAGAAGUGCACCCAUCUCAUUGCCAGUAAAGUGACCCGAACUGUCAAGUUCCUGACAGCAAUUUCUGUAGUCAAGCACAUAGUAACUCCAGAGUGGUUGGAAGAGUGUUUCAAAUGUCAGAAGUUUGUUGAUGAGCAGAACUUUGUGCUCAGAGAUGCUGAAGCUGAGGUGCUGUUCUGCUUCAGUUUAGAGGAGUCUCUAAAGAGAGCACAAGUGGCUCCGCUGUUCAAGGGGAAAUACUUUUACAUUACACCUGGAAUUUGUCCCAGUCUUUCCACCAUGAAAGCUAUCGUGGAAUGUGCAGGAGGAAAAGUAUUAUCUAAACAGCCUUCUUUUCGAAAACUCAUGGAGCAUAAGCAGAAUAAAAGUUUGCCGGAGAUAAUCCUGAUUUCCUGUGAAAAUGACCUUCAUUUAUGUCGAGAAUAUUUUGCAAGAGGCAUAGAUGUCCACAAUGCUGAGUUUGUCCUGACUGGGGUACUUACUCAAACACUGGAUUAUGAAUCAUAUAAAUUUACUUGAUGGAUAGUAAAAUGCCUUACUGCUUCGGAAUCCUUGGAGCAUUAAAUCUAGCUGUUCAGCCAUUGUACAAAGCAACUAAAACUUCCUGUGGAUGCUGUUUCCAGCUGUUUUCCUAGGGAUGAUGAGCAGUUUAAAGCAGGAAAGCAAAAAUAAACUGCAUCUUUUUUAGGAUGUGUAAUUUUAUUAUGCUGAAACAUAAUUUACUAUGUUUUGUAUUAUACUACCAUUUUAAAAGAGCCCACUUUAGCUAUCAUGAUUAGCCCGUUUUUAAACAUUUUAACGUAAAUGAUGGUACUUCAGCCAAAAGUGUAAUUUGGAUGUAAAAAUAAAAGGGCUUGCUAUCUAUUAAAUUAUGGAUGUUGAAGAUGAAAAUGUUUUGUACUUUAUUUUUAUUUCUUAUACUCUAUUUUCUUUUAUAUUGAUACUUUGCCCACAUUUUAAAUAAAUGUACUUUUAAAUGUUUUACUCUAUAUUUUAGUGGUGGUUCAUUUUUUUGAAUACUGUGCAACAAUGGCACUCUGGUAAGAGUAAAUUACUCAAAUCUUUUUCCAAGCAAUGUAAAAUUAUUUUAAGCUUAUUUUACCAGGUAUGUUUUAAUAUAUGAAAUUCCAGUGCUUUAAAGGGAAAUUGUUGUAAAUGUAUAUAUGUGUUUUUACUGCAACAAAGAAACAGCUUGAAGGAAGGAGAAACUAUAAACCCGCAUAUUACGCUGUUGUGAUAACUUUUGUUUGUAUAGUGAGUUUUACUAAAUAAAUAUUAAAAACCAGUCUCCCAAACGUAUAUUUGGUUGUAUUUCCGAAUGCACACACAGUUCUAAUAAUCUGACUUUACCGUUUUUGUCAGUUUAGGU